CUGCAGGCAAAAGAGCAGCAAACAACCUCAUUCUAAACUGCUCCUUUGUCGAGCAACGCCCUUUUUUCCCCCUCGGCCGUUUCCAAUUUCCUGUCCAUCUGUCAGCGUUUGGUGGUUUUGAGACAAGAGCGGGGAGCGCCACUCUGCCACAGACUAAGUUAGGUCGGUCUUAAUGAGGCUGAGCCUAUCUAUCCCAUCCCAUCCCAUCCUUCCAGCAACCCAGGAUCACGAUCGGGACAGACAGUCAGGAGGCGAGCAUACUCAAUCUCUGCCUUUGUUCUCUGUGCUCCUUACUACCUUGGGUGGACCGCAUUAUUCCUCUCGUUCGCUUUAUCCUACCCUUGCCCCGCGCUGAAUGUGCGUUAUCGUCGAAGCCACAGCGCUUGGCUUCAAUCAAAACCGUCUCGACAGACGGGGGACCGCGUCCGCUGCCUCUUGACUGAACAACCGAAACUGUGAGAAGAAUGGGUUCGAAUUUACCUGCACAACCAAACCUCCGAGUUACGAUCAUCGCUGCCGAUGGGUUAUACAAACGAGAUGUGUUCCGCUUUCCGGAUCCUUUCGCCGUGGCGACGGUGGGAGGUGAACAGACACAUACGACUUCUGUGAUCAAGAAGACGCUAAAUCCGUAUUGGAAUGAGAUGUUUGACUUGAGGGUCACGGAAGAUAGCAUAUUGGCGAUCCAGAUAUUUGACCAGAAGAAAUUCAAGAAGAAGGACCAAGGGUUUCUCGGCGUAAUAAACAUUCGAAUUGGAGAUGUGAUUGAUCUCGACGUUGGUGACGAUGAGAUGCUCACGCGAGAUCUUAAAAAAUCCAAUGACAACAUGGUUGUUCAUGGAAAACUAAUUAUCAACCUUUCUACCAAUUUAUCGACGCCCAUACCUGCGAACCAAGGUGGGCCGCGUUCCCACGUUUCUACAGCUCCUCCUGCGCCAGCACCUACUCAACACCACCCCCCGGCCCUCACAGCACCGGUAUCGCUUCCUGGACCACGCCCAAAUUCAGGUGUUGCAGAAUCCCCCGCUUCAAAUCCGCCUCCUACAUCCCAUUUACAACCCUCAAGAAAUCCCUCCACCGCAACCGCCGUUACAUCCGCAGUACCAGUAAACGGCGGUGGGUCACAGGCUAACGGGAUGCCAAACCAACAUAGGAGUUUGAGUUCCUUUGAGGAUAGCCAGGGAAGACUCCCUGCGGGUUGGGAACGGCGAGAAGACGGUUUAGGUCGAACCUAUUAUGUAGAUCAUAAUACACGGACGACGACGUGGACUCGUCCAUCAGCACACUACAGUGAACAGACGCAGAGGACCCAGCUCGAAGCCAAUAUGCAAAUGGAACGGCGAGCUCAUCAGAACCGGAUGCUACCUGAGGAUCGCACUGGUGCAAAUUCCCCGGAUUCGCAACAAGCUCGCACUCCCCCAUCUGCCAACAAUGCUACAGCAGUGCAGAUGAUGACUACAGGGGCUACCACAGCGGGUUCUGGAGAACUUCCGGCAGGAUGGGAGCAGAGAUAUACUCCCGAAGGCCGUCCAUACUUUGUUGACCAUAACACCAGAACAACAACCUGGGUCGACCCUCGCCGCCAACAAUAUAUCCGUAUGUACGGCCCUGGGGCGAAUGGGAAUAAUACUACUAUCUCCUCGCAACCACUUUCUCAGCUUGGACCUCUACCAAGUGGCUGGGAAAUGCGCCUGACAAAUACUGCUCGAGUCUACUUUGUGGAUCAUAAUACGAAGACAACUACGUGGGACGAUCCGCGAUUGCCGUCAUCGCUCGAUCAAGGGGUUCCACAGUAUAAACGCGAUUUCCGCCGUAAAUUGAUCUACUUUAGAUCUCAGCCCGCACUAAGAAUCAUGUCCGGCCAGUGCCAUGUCAAGAUACGGCGAAGUGCCAUUUUCGAAGAUUCAUAUGCGGAGAUCAUGCGACAGAGCCCAUCGGAUCUUAAGAAACGUUUGAUGAUCAAGUUUGAUGGCGAGGAUGGCCUUGAUUAUGGUGGCUUGUCACGUGAAUUUUUCUUCCUUCUUUCUCACGAAAUGUUUAAUCCGUUUUACUGCUUGUUUGAAUAUUCCGCCCACGAUAAUUAUACACUCCAAAUCAACCCACACUCCGGUGUCAACCCAGAGCACCUGAAUUAUUUCAGAUUCAUCGGACGAGUGGUUGGACUUGCGAUUUUCCAUCGACGGUUCUUGGAUUCAUUUUUCAUUGGCGCUUUUUACAAGAUGAUGUUGAGGAAGAAGGUCACGUUGCAGGACAUGGAAGGUGUGGAUGAAGAUUUCCACCGAAAUCUAACAUGGACUUUGGAGAAUGAUAUUGAGGGAGUGUUUGAGUUGACUUUUGCCGUCGACGAUGAACAGUUUGGGGAACACAAAACAAUUGACCUAAUCCCAAAUGGAAGAGAUAUUGCUGUUACCAAUGAGAAUAAGCGACAAUAUGUUGAGUUGGUCACUGAAUGGAAGAUUCAGAAGAGAGUGGAAGAGCAAUUCAACGCCUUUAUCACCGGAUUUAACGAACUUAUUCCUGCAGAUCUAGUCAAUGUCUUCGAUGAGCGAGAGCUUGAGCUCCUGAUUGGUGGAAUCGCAGAUAUUGAUGUCGAUGAUUGGAAAAAGCAUACCGAUUAUCGUGGAUACCAGGAGCAAGACGAGGUCAUUCAGAACUUCUGGAAAAUUAUACGAACUUGGGAUGCGGAACAAAAGUCGAGAUUGUUGCAGUUUGCCACGGGUACUUCGCGUAUUCCCGUCAACGGGUUCAAAGACCUACAGGGUAGCGAUGGUCCGAGAAGGUUUACGAUUGAGAAGUCGGGAGAUAUCAAUGCACUUCCCAAAUCUCACACUUGUUUCAACCGCCUCGACCUUCCACCGUACAAGACAUAUGAAGCACUACAAAACAAACUGUCCAUCGCCGUGGAAGAAACAGUCGGUUUUGGGCAAGAGUAAACUGUCGUACCAUAACAUCCCUUUUUCUUUGGAUUUGCAACUUAUUAAAGGGUCAUUCAUCGCUUCCUCGUUCCUGGGAACUAUUUAUUGGAAUGGGCGAGGAAUUGUUACGUGUCUGCUCGCUUCCCUUUCUCCUAUUUUACGAGUCCAUGUACAGAUAGUAUAUAGAGGCAGUUAGGUCUGUAGUGAGAUCAGGUUUUGAAAGGUCUCCGGUCAAGAUUCAUG